AUGGCGACUUAUGAUAGCUUCCCGCUCUUCGCAACCCUGCCUUCAGAAUUGCGUCUGAAAAUCUGGCGUCAUGCGCUCCCAGGGCCAAACGUCCUCCCUAUUAGAUUUUCGAAAGCGUUAGGUCGAUACAUGACGCCCGUACCACUUUCACCCCUCCUCAGCACAACCUCCGAAUCGCGAGCGGUCUUUCUCUCUGAAUAUACAAACCUCAUACUCUCACCUGUCUAUCCGUCCUCUAUAUACAUUGAUUUCGAGCAGGAUACGCUCUUCUUCGAUAGUAUGGAAUGCAGUCCGCGGGGUGAUCUGGCCUUAGAUCUGGCGAGAAGUCCGUGCCGUGAGAAGAUUAGAAAGGUGGCGAUUCACAGUCAACUUUGGGAAGUGCUAAGGAUAUUUAGACAUGGCGGGCUGAGUGAAAUUGGUGUCUUGAGGGGACUGAGAACGUUUGCGCUGGUUUUGGUGCUGAAAGAAGAGGGCGCACAUCCGACCCCUGGGAGGGAGAUGAUAUUAGGUGACUUUGAGGAAGAGGUCAUGAAUGUCAAUCUUCAUGCGGACGAUAUUAGAGAGGAACUGGCGAGGGAGGAUGGGGGGAGAUGGGCGAGCGGGAAGGCGCCUCGUGUUACUAUUUGGAUUGAGAGUGAGUCGAAGGCUUGA